CUAUCGCUUUUAUCCCGCUGUAACAUGAAGCAACAAUCCACUGUAUGAUGCAGUGCACAAUCAUUUUUUCAGAUCGCCGCAGAUUCACGGAGAACGACUUAGACGUUGAAGGCAUCGAUCUCUGAUAGCCCCAAUGUGUAUGCGACUGAGUUUGGCCUCAGACGAGGUUCCUAUCAUGCCGAGGCAGUCAGAGUUCGCAGACCAUUUCCCCUCUCUGUCGCUAAACACUCUGCAUCCUUCGUGACCUCUACCUACAGUAAUGGUUAAUAUAUAAGAAACCUCGACUGGGCUUGGCGCGCGUAUGUGAAGUGCUGUCACCUUCUCUGUCUCCAUUCUGUUUCUUCCACAUUCAUAUCUUCCGUUCCAUCAUCUCCAAGUCAUUCUGCACAAAGUAUGGCAGAAAUUACCAUCAACGAUACAGAUCUGCAGGGUGUAAAAGGCAAGGUAGUCCUGAUGACUGGUGGUAGCUCUGGUAUCGGCCUAGCUACAGCCACCCUGCUUCUAAGCCUUGGAGCUAAAGUCGUCAAUGGCGAUCUGAAUGCUCCUGCUGAAGACAAUAAGUCUAGCUCAUACACCUUUGCCAAGACCAAUGUCACCUCAUGGAGUGAACUCACGAACCUCUUCAAAGAGACUCUGGAGCUGCACGGCCAGAUUGAUCACGUAUUCGCAAACGCCGGCAUGAGACCAACAACUUCCUACCUCGAGCUAGAGAUUGACUCAAACAACGAACCCAUCGAGCCUGGUUUCCUGACCCUGGACGUAAACCUCCGAGGUGUCAUCAACACUGCUUCGUUAGCCUUGCACUACAUGCAGAAGCAAAAGGCCUCUUCGACCCCAUACAGUGUCGUACUCACAGCUUCUUCAUCCUCUUUCCAUCGAUUCCGCUGUGCAGACUACGGAAUCUCAAAGCACGGUGUCCUGGGUCUUCUUCGUGGCCUCGCUCCUGUAACAUAUCCUGACAUGCCUAUUCGUGUAAAUGCUUUGUGUCCUUCGUGGACCGUUACAGCUCUUACGGAAGAAUCCCACUAUGCAGGCGUGGAUGCAAAUUUACAGCCCGCGGAGGCUGUGGCCAGAGCUGCCGUGUUGCUGAUGAGUGAUGAGAAGAGACAUGGUCAAAUGAUCUUGAGUGCGGCGAAUAAGUACAGAGAGAUCGAGGAAGCGGUGUUGCUCAAAGCCAUGUCCCCCGAGGUCAGAGGGCAGACGUUGACCGAGGAUGAGAUUUGUGCAGGUGUGAUUGCGAACACGAUGGGCUGAACAUGUCUCGUCAUAGGAUCUUGUAAAUGCCAACAUAGUUACCCGUCUCGUGAAGAUCAAAGAAUUCGGACAGAAAUUUGUACAGAUAUAGAUACAGAAGACAAGAUGAGCCUUCCUCGUGUGGAGCCGAUAGUAAACGCCGCCCAAUGCAACAUUCUUUAUAUCGAGGACUAGUUCGAGCCACGCUUGUUGUUCUUCUUCUUGCGAGAGUUUGAGUCUCUGCUCUUGACCUCUGAGCUGCGCAACAUGGCACGCUGUCUCUGGUAUUGCCUGACGAUGUUGUCGACGCUGCCAAUGUCGUGUCUGGGCUGGCGCAUGUAGUACAGUCUUGCUCUUCUCGCUCUCUUCUCCUUCCUUUGCACAACCUCGACACCCUCGACGUUGGGACUGUAGAUCUUGUACCACAUCUCGACACCCACACG